AUGUCAGCCGUAGGCCGUCCAGAGGCCUCGACCAGGCUUCCUAGAUACCAGGCUCAGCGGCCGGGGCCCCCUGGCAUCGCCGUCGGCCUAGACCGGUCCUUCACGAGGCGACAGCAACAGGGGCCGACUUCCUACACUCCGCGUCGAGCACCUUCGUCCGGCUCUGCAGCCAAUGUCUUCUCCGCACCGCCGUCUGCCAUCAGAAGCAGAGAGGCACCGGUUCCACGCGACUCCGAGAUACCCAUCGAUACCCGCCAAGAGCAGCAGGGCACGCCCAGGAGUUCGGCCGUUCCCCGCAACCAGCGGCAGUCGGCCGCGAGGCGGAGCGCUCCUGGCCGGAGGCUUUCCCGCCCCGAGGAUACCGACGAAGAUGGCGACUCGGAGGCCGACGAGCAGAGGCGCCUCGCUUUCGCCCGCCGACGUUCCGACCACCUCACGCUUCCGCGACAGAGGCAGAGCGCAGCGGGGCCAGCACGCUUCGAUCUCAGCUCAUCGUCCGAGGACGACGAGCUCGAAGUGCUUGACCAGCUCACGCCGCGCGUCAGCCGCAUCCGAGCUGAUCCACAAGGCAGCGCCAGACCAGACCCGCUGGCCCGCUUCCGGGCGAGGCAGUCGGGCCAGAUGCCGUCUCGCAACUCGCUGCCUUCGUCGGCCUUGGCUGGCAGGCCGACGCCUCAAGCGCCUUCAUCCGCGGGCACUGUCCCAUCCUUUCGCCGUCGCAGCAUGGCCAGCGCCGAAGUCGCCUCCGCAGCAACGGCCAGCGGGUCUCGAGGCGCUGCCAGCUUCACGACGGCCAACGAGCAACUGCAAAGGCCCCAGCAGGCUCGCCCCCAGGUCUCGUUCCGCGGCAUCCGUGUCGACGAAUCAGACGAGCUCAACACGUCGAGCGCGAACAUGACGAUGAGCAAUCCCCGGCAGAGGCUCCGCCCUUCGCUCUCGGGCGUCGACGGUCGGCUCGAUGUGCCCACGCUCGAGGAGCGCUGUGCCGUCCUCGUCAUCAACGCCAAGGGCGUGCUCAGCUUCUACAUGGACCUCCAGCAGCAGGGCUGGAAGGACGACUCGCUCAGCGAGAUGAUGCGCAACUGGACUCCGUUCGAGACCUACAAGAUCAACCAGCUGCUGGCCGAGGGCCAGUACAACCACCACUUUAUCGACGUCAACGAGGUCGUCCGAUCGCUCCAGAUCGACGCCGAUCGGCAGCCCGAGGGCUUCCGCGAGGCCAUGAACAUGGCCAACUGCGCCACGUUUGUCCACUACGUCCACCAGCUGCCCGACAACCUCGAGGCUUACGGCGAGCUCGAAGACGGCCGCAUCACCCCCGAGGUGCUCGCACGCGCGCCGCUCCGCAACAUCAGCGAGCUCAACGACGCUCGGCGCAUCUUUUUGCGCUGGCUCGUGCCUCCGGAAUGGCCGCUAACGGACGAGGUGCUGAUGCUGCUGCUCGACAUGAGCACGCAGGUCUUCAUCCACCGCCUCCAGCGUAACGUCGAGCGUGUGCGGGCGGGCACGCUCGACGAGGCCGAGGCCAAGGCCGUCACCGACAACAGCCUCAACGAGCUCUCGAGCGGCGACAUUGUCCGCCACUCGCUGCAACGCGUCAUGGCACAGAGGAACAUGAGCAGCGCCGACAUCGACCGCGCCGUCAUGCGCUACGAGACCUUUGCCAACAUCCGCCAGAUUGACCUGCAGGACCUGCUGUACGACCACGUUGCCAUGGCUCGCCGGUGGCCCUUCCUCGGCAUGGUGUCGGACCUCACCAGCUACAUCCGCGACGUCGUGCGCGAGGUCGACGCGGGCAUGCACUCGACCAGCCUGGCCCAGAUCAUGAGUCGGCUCGAGCGCGAAUCCACGCGCGGAUCCUCGGACGUCGACGACGGUGCUGCCAAAGCUGGCGCUGCGACCGACGACAGCGACGCCGCAAGCACCGACGGCCAGGUAUCCGGGUCCAGCGAGGGACCGGCCCAGUCCACCCCGAGAGCUCGUGCCGCCGUCCCCGCCGCCGCAAAUCCGACCCGUGAGAUCGACGCGGCUUUCAACUCUCAGUUUCCGCACUGGAUGCAGGAGAUGAUUGAAGAGGCGGAAACGUCCCGCGGCAACCCGUCAGAGCAGGCCGCGCCCCCACAAGAUGCCGGUGCCGCGUUCGUCGAGUCCCUCACCGAGUCUCAAAAGGCCGCUGCGAUUGCCGAGCUGCUGCUGGAGGACGAGCGGUCCGCUUUCCCGGUGCCUUUUGCGGCCAACGUUCCUCCUUCAAUCGAGCCGAUCGAGCCCGGGUCAGACAUGCAACGGCUCUUCGACGACGAACGAAGCAGCAGCGUCGACCUUGCCGUCCCCUCUAGCCCACCGCCCGCCUCGGCCCUCUUUCGCGGGCAGCUCAACUCGCGAGACGCCUCUGGAGGUCGCGUUCGCGACGGGCUCGCGACGCCCACGACACCCAAUCGACGGACGGUCCAGGCGGCGUCGACGCGCACCAGUCGGCGCACCGCCCACGAGGAAAGGAGCGAGGGCCCAGGAAAGAACACCAUCCGGCUCGACGAGGCCACCACGACGAGGGACGACGUCAUCGACUCGCCCGCCAAGGAAAAGGCCGGCCGGCUCGGCUUCGACAGCCAGAACCGGCUCGUCCGCAAAGCGACCGACGCGCGCAGAGGCAGGAUGCUCGACGGAUCCGCGCUCGCGGUGCGCGAGUCCCGCUUCGAUUCGCAGGGAGAAGACGAGGAGGACGUCUUCCUCGAAAAGGCCAAGACCACCAACAAGAGAAGGAAGAGAGACAAGGGCAAGCAGCGUGCCCAGCAGCCGCCCAGCGGCGCCGUUUCCGAUGCACCCUCCGGGGUGGAAAAUAAGCCGACCGCCCCCAAAAGAGCACCCUCCGGGGUGGAAAAUAAGCCAGCCGGUUCGGAAGCACCCUCAGCGGUGGAAGGCAACAAGCAGACGAGAUCGAGGACCAGGAGGCAAGCCACCGUCGACGCCAUCGUCGAGGAGAGAGCGCCGUCCACGACGAGGAAGCUGCGUCCGAGGAAGGCGGACGACGCUGCGCCCAGGCGAAGCUCGAGGCGCACCCGCCAGGGUACGGACCCGGCUUCGGCUUCGGUGGCUGGCGCUGUCACGUCCACAGCGGCGACGGUGGCGCCGGCUGCCGGGACUCGCUCAAGGCGAACAAGAUCGCAGACACGGUCAGAGGCGGCAUCCGCUGCGGAGUCGGACGCCGGCAUCGAGGGCAAGACUAAACCGCGGCCGUCGACCGUGCAAGAAGAGAGAUCGCAGGUCGACGACGACGAGAACGGGGUCGAAGACACGGGCCGAGGCCGCAACGCUCGUGUCAGGUCACGGGCACGGGCGCAGGACCAGUACGCGGCCGACGACGGCAUCAUGGCGGCGGCGGCGGCGGCGGCUUCGAGCUCGAGGCUCGACCCCGUCAGGGAGCCUCCGGCCUUUGCGGGUGACGGCAUGGCGGAUCUCGUGUUUGACACGGGCGACGCCUCUCGCGACCAGGAGCUCGACUUUGCGGGCGACGACGAUCCGGACAUUUUGGCGCAGCGAGCGGCCCGAGACGCCGCCAUCGCCCGACGCCGACCGAGGCCGGGCACCGAGGCGUUCCGCCUGCCCAAGUCGAGCGGCCUGCCAGCCCUGCAGGUGGCGCCGGCCAAUGAGGUGGAAGGGUCGCGCGACGCCGCGAGGGUCGCCAACGUCCUCCGGUCGGGCCAGACGCCCAAGAAGCGGAGGCGCAUCGGCCCGUAUCGACCGGAGCGGCUCGGCUCGGCUCUCGGUCUGCGAUCCGACCACGACGUCGAUCAGGAGGCCGAGCCCCGGUCGACUCCAGCGCCGAGCGACGGCGAAGAGGUCGACGAGCUCCAAUCGCCCGCACCACGAUCGGCAGCCGCGGCAGCGGCGGCGCGGUCGCAGCGGACGACGCCGCGGCCCUCGCAGCAGCCGCAGCUGCGCGUCGAGCCCUACAAGCGCGCCAACCUCUACAUCACCGGCGGCAACAUGACGGGCCGGCAGCAGUGGACCGACGCCGAGACGCGGUGCCUGCUCGAGGCGCUGUACCAGAUCGCCAGGUACAAGCGCCACAAGCCGCGCUUCCGCGUCUAUGCCAAGGUGCUCCAGCUCCACGGCGUCAACGGCACGCGGAGCCGUACCCUGGCGCGGUGGAACAACGUCCAGCUCAAGGACAAGAGCCGCAACGAGCUGAUCCGGAUGAGGCGCGACAGGGAAAGGAUCCCGUACUGGAAGCGACUCCUCCACCCCAACCUGUGGGAGCCGAAACCCGUCCGGCCCAAAGGCGUCGUGGGCAACGGGCACGACAUUGGCGAAGAGACCGAAGACAUUCCCUCGGACGACGACGACGACGACGACGAUGAAGACGACGACGACGAUAGGGAUGGCGGUGGCGGUGGAGGUGGCGAGGGCGGUGGCGAUGGCGAUGGCGAUGGCGACGGCGAUGGCGACGGCGACGGUGCUGGUGCCGGUGCGGGCGGAAACGACGGGGUUGAGACGAGGAGCUCGAGGGCGAGCCGGCAGCGCAGCACCUCUGCCGCGUCCCGUUCCGAGGCCGGCGGUGGGCGGGCUGACGACCAGGAGACCAAGGAGGAACCGGAGGCCUGA